AUGUAUGAGAUUCAUGUUGAACAUAAAUUAGAUAUUAUUUAUCUUCAUUCGCAUUAUAAUAAUGUUGUAUGCUUAUUGACUUAUCAAAAAAAUUCAGCUUACAAAUUAGAAAUUAUUAUAAAUAUUAUGGAUUAUAUAUACAUUAAACAACAUCUCGACAAUGAUCCAAAAAUGUAACGAUUCAUUAGAAAUCGCAUUCUUUACUAAACAUCUGAUACAUAUCAUUAUGCAAACUAUAAGAAAAGGAUGAAUCAAUCAUUUGAUUAAUCAAUACAUCAAACGACUUUACAAAAAUUUAACGACCUCUCUUAUCUUGUAAUUGAUAAACUACGGCAAUCUCCAACACGAAAGUCUUACUUUUCACGACCGACAUCAGCCACCCAAAGAUCACCUUUUAUAUUUUCUAGUAAUUGUAACUUUUAUAAAUAAGCACUGCAAACCCAAGAAUCACAAGCAGUCAGAAAUUUCAAAAGAAAACUAAACAGCAGUAAGAGAUGUGCAUAAAAGCAAAAAAAAUAACCCAUUGAAUACACAUGCAGACAAUACAAAUUUAUAUUAUGA